AGCAAUGGUCACCCGAGAUAGAGCUGAGAAUAGGGACGGCCCCAAGAUGCUGAAGCCGCUAGUGGAGAAGCGGCGCCGGGACCGCAUCAACCGCAGCCUGGAAGAGCUACGGCUGCUGCUGCUGGAGCGGACCCGGGACCAGAACCUCCGGAACCCGAAGUUGGAGAAAGCAGAGAUACUGGAGUUCGCCGUGGGCUACUUGAGGGAGCGAAGCCGGGUGGAGCCCCCGGGGGUUCCCCGGUCCCCAGUCCAGGACGCCGAGGCGCUCGCCAGCUGCUACUUGUCCGGCUUCCGCGAAUGCCUGCUCCGCUUGGCAGCCUUCGCGCACGACGCCAGCCCGGCCGCCCGCGCCCAGCUCUUCUCCGCGCUGCACGGCUACCUGCGCCCCAAACCGCCUCGGCCGGAGCCCGUAGAUCCGAGGCCCCCAAUGUCGCGUCCACCGCUGGACCCCGCCACACCAGCUCUUGGCCCCGCGCUGCACCAGGGCCCCCCUAGCCCGCGCUGCGCUUGGUCCCCAUCCCUCUGCUCCCCUAGCGCCUGGGAUUCUGGCGCGCCGGCGCCCCUCACCGGACUGCUGCCGCCGCCGCCGCCGCCUUACAGACAAGACGGGGCUCCCAAGGCCCCGCCGCUCCCGCCGCCCGCUUUCUGGAGACCUUGGCCCUGAGCUCAGGGGGGAUGGGGGCGGGAGCGGGGGCUGGGAGUGGGGUAGAGACUCCAGCCCGAGGGCAGCAGAGGGAUCCGGGCGUCCGGGCGAGGUGUUGGGGAGGGCAGCGGGGCGCGGGGGCUCAGCGCGUGGGUGAGAUGUGGUCUAUAUUAGAGUAUCUAUAUAAAUAUAUAUUCCCUGAUUCCUGUCCCUUUUCCCCGACCCCCUCCACCCUGCUUCUAGGAUUGUACCCUCUGCUCCAGCUCAGUCCUAGUCCUUUCCCAAGUCCCUAGUGCAUGGAAUAAAGUGGUUAUUAAAUCCCCGUGUGUCCCGGAGCCAGGGCCCUGCCUUUAUCUCGGCGUCCACGCCCACUUUCCCUUCCUUUCUGUCUUCUACCCGUAGUCCUGCUCUCCAUGGCCCAAGUCCCAGGGCAAACAGGUAAGUAAAGAGAGCAGAGCAGAGACUAAGGUUAGGUCUGAAACCAAGUGGGAAGCGCAGAGAUAGGGUAGGGGAAAAGAGAUGGGCCUUUAAGAAAAGCCAGGUAAAAAGGAAAGAAAGGAA